CCCCACAGCGUACGUAGCCCCUCGCUUCCAUGUUUACUGCAUACUUUCUUUUCGAUCAUUUCGCCUUUCCAUUGCCCCUCUUUUCCUAAACCCACCCUUUCUCUUUCCACAACACUGUUGAUCGCCAUUAAUUAUGUCGCUUUUCUCCAACCUGCCGGACAAGUUCAGGCGAGGCGAAACGAGCUACGUCGGCCAGCGGUUCGCCGUCGUCGGCAUCUUCGUCGGCUGCUGGAUCGUCUUUCUGUCUCUCGUCUUCCUCCUUCACAAACUCUGCAGUCGCCGCAGCGGCAGCGGCAGCGGCGGCAGCAGCAACUCUAACACCACCGUCCCGUCGAUCGACGAUCUCCUCGGCGUCGGGCGCGGGCUCGAUGGCCGCGCGAUCGCCGCGCUUCCGUCGUUCAAGUUGGAGAGAAACGUCGACCGCAGCAGCGGCGGCGGCAACGGUGGCAGCGGGUGGGAGUGCGCGGUGUGCCUCGGUCUGGCGCAGGAAGGAGAGACGGUGCGGCGGCUGCCGGAGUGCGGGCACGCGUUUCACGCCGAGUGCGUCGACAGGUGGCUGAGCGCGCACCCGACGUGCCCCGUGUGCCGUCGGACCGUCGUCGUCGAGGCGGCGAAUGUCGCCGCAAAGGCCGCGGCGGGCAGCAGUUACGCUGCAAUUUUGUACUAUGGCCAUAGAGUUCCCAAUGUCGGCAACGUCGUCGGCUCCCUCGCUGUCUUCAUCGGCGUCACUCUCCUUUGCCUGCUCAUCUUAUUAGCCGUCGCAAGCUGGCGCAGAAGGCUUCGACGUGAAGCACGUACUGCCGCUGCACCACCAUAUGAACCACCGAGAGCUCAACCGCAGCUCUCGGAUUCGGCGGCUGCGGCGCUUCCGACAUUCGCGUAUGACCGGACGGUGGAUCACCGCGGCGGAGGCGGUGGCUGGGCGCAGUGCACGAUCUGCCUCAGUGUGAUAAGUAGAGGCGAGAUGGUUAAGCAGGUGCCCGCGUGCAAGCAUUUGUACCAUGUCAGGUGCAUCGACAAGUGGUUGUCGUCGCAUUCGACGUGCCCGCUUUGUCGGUCGGACGUCACCGGAACACCGCCCCAGCCGCCUGUUUGA